AUGUUACUUGUAUUAAAACUUUAUAUGAAAAAAAAGAACGUUGUUGAAAGGAAGAAACCAGAAAAUGCAUCGGAUGCAAGAGCGAAAUCUGUAACGAAAGAAUCUGGGGCGUCACAACCUGGAGCCAGAACACCUGCACAUGCAAAAUCCGUAGAGGCAAAACCUAAAGAAACAGUAUCUGAAGAGGAAUCAACUAAAACGGAAGCAGCUAAAGAGGAAACAGUUGAAGAGGUAACAGAUGAAGAGGUAGUAAUUCAAAAGUCAAGUACUUUGCACCAUGAAAAAACUUUAGGUCCACCUCCAAUAGAGAGAGCUGAAUAUGGUGUUCACGCGAUGUCAUAUCAUACUACAGAGCCUGCAAGCAACGCAGUUCCUCUGACAAUUGCGGAUUACCAUUAUCCAUUAGGAGCUACACAUGAAGAGUUGGACUCAAAAUUUUUAUCUCUUCACGAUUGGAAUCAAGUUUACGCAAAAAAAAGGAAUAAAGGGGAAAUAUUUGAAAAUAAUUAUUACGAAGAGUAUGAAAAAGAGUUAGCAAUGUAUGAUUCUAAGGAAACCUUUUUAGAUUCUGAAACGGAUCAAUUAUAUUUGAAUUAG